AAGAAGCAGAAUUGUGAGAUUUUUUUUUUUUUUCAUAAAUUUCCCAUACCCUCUGUUUUUGGCUGCAAAGAGACCAGCACUUGGUGUGGAGAUGGGGAACAUGGACGGGAAAACCGUGGAGGAGCUGAGCACCACCGAGUGCCACCAGUGGUACAAGAAGUUCAUGACUGAAUGUCCUUCUGGCCAGCUCACCCUCUACGAGUUCAAACAGUUUUUUGGCUUGAAAAACCUGAGUCCGGCAGCGAACAAAUACGUUGAGCAAAUGUUUGAGACGUUUGACUUUAAUAAGGAUGGCUACAUAGAUUUUAUGGAAUAUGUGGCAGCUCUGAGCCUGGUGCUGAAGGGGAAGGUGGAUCAGAAGCUGAGGUGGUAUUUCAAGCUCUACGAUGUGGAUGGGAACGGCUGCAUCGACCGGGCUGAGCUGCUGAACAUCAUCAAAGCCAUCCGCUCCAUCAACCGCUGCAACGAGAAGAUGACUGCAGAGGAGUUCACGGACAUGGUGUUCGACAAGAUCGAUAUCAAUGGAGAUGGCGAGCUGUCCCUGGAGGAGUUCAUGGAGGGCGUGCAGAAGGACGAGAUGCUGCUGGACAUCCUCACCCGCAGCCUGGACCUGACCCACAUCGUGCGGCUGAUCCAGAACGACGGCAAGAACCCGCACGAGGCGGGGCAGGACGCCCAGGAUGCCCAGUAG